UAUCUUAAUAAUAUACUUAUCUUCUCCAAAAUGAUAGAUAAAUACCGGAAGUACGUAAGAGUAGUACUAGACGUAUUAUAUAUAUAUAAGCUAUUAGUUAACAAGGAAAAGAGUAAAUUCUAUAUUAGGAAAACGGUAUUUUUAGGAUAUAAAAUAUCCCUAGAAUAA